UCACCGGUGUUUGCAAUAUCCUGAAUUUCUGAAUAGAGACUCCACUACACCAGAUAGGAGGAUAAAAAGCUGUGAGGGGCAAAGCAUUGCAGUGAGUGAAAAAACAGGGAAAAUUGCCGUAGCACAAAUGCUCAAAGAUCGAGUUCAUUUGUUUUCUGAAAGCAACUUAUUUCUUAGGACGAUAGGACACGAAGGGACUGGUGCAGACCUAAUCGAUAUGCCACGUUCAGUGGCAUUCAUGUCAUCUGGUAACAUCGUAGUAGUUCAUGGUCCACUAGAGAACAGAAGUAAGUUAUCUGUAUUUACUCAGCGUGGUCAUCAUAUAACCGAUCUCAGCCAGCACCUGCUACAUCCAAGAUGUGUGUCUGUGAGAAAUGAUGGUAAACUGUUAGUGUGUGACGUUUGUAGCGUCAAAGUUCUUUCUCCUGAUGGCGCAAAUCUCACACAAACCAUUAAAGCUCCAUACUGUGAUGAGAGCCCUUGUUUUGCUAUUCAUCACCAAGGCUUGUUUUUUGUAUGUUAUGACUCAUUACAUUGUGUGAAAGUAUUCAGUGAUGAGGGGCAGUUCCUUUACGAGAUUGGUUGCAAAGGAACUGGUGAUGGGCAGCUAAGAUGCCCCGGAGGCCUUGCAAUAGACAAAUUAAACAAUUUAGUUGUUUGUGAUAACGAAAAUAACAGACUUCAAUUUUUUUCUCUGGAAGGAAAAUUCGUGAACUCAGUUACUAGAGAAAUUUUAAAACCUGAGUCUGUUGCUGUUGCCAAGAAUGGCGAUCUGUUGCUUUGUUUACGAUAAUACAGGUUCUACUGAGCAGAAAGACUGUCAAGGCAAACGAGAAAAAGGGACUUCUAGUCUUGAUCAGGAGAACUAUUAGCCAGAACGCAGAGGUACUUCAGUCGUUCGACCGAUUUCGACUGGGUUCAGUAAUUGAACAAAACCGAAGCGACUAUAAAAUAUGACCAAUUUAUCAAGCCAAUCGAACGUUUGAUUACUCUCAACUAUUGAUUGAAAAACGGUUUGAACCGGUUUUCAACUUAGCGUAAUUAUAACUUAGCUUGAAAUACCACAACACGAAUUACAUGUAAACCUCGUAAAGCAGUAAGAAAAAAGGAAAAAUCUUUAGUGAUGUUGCUAAAGGCCAAGAACAGGUCGACAGCCAGAGGGAUUUGCGUAGUAUUUUAUUUGACCAAUACAUCAUUUUUAGGGGUACUCCAUUUUAGGUACUCCACAGGGUACUCCAUGGAGUAGGGCUCCUCAUUUUGUCAUCUCCUCUUAUUUCCAUGUAUUUUCAGUCGUUCAGUGAACAUCGCAUGCAGGAGUACUCAAAAUGCCGCGCGUUAAACCAUUAAAUAAAAAAUAAACAUAAUAAACUCUUUUCUUAUGUUGGAGCUUAACUCUGUUAAUGUUCAUUCAAACACUCGCCAAAGCUCGCACUGCAAAAGUGAGAACCGGCUGGUCGUACAGGUGAUUUUGGAAAUUUUUUUAACGGUUUAGCUAAAAGCCCACGCGUGCUUCGAUCGUCCUGAAUAUUGAAUGAGUAACAAUUUGUAUUGCAAAAUUGUGAAAUACUGCAUUCUGUCCGAGGUCUGUAUGAUAAAAACAGUGCCUCAUUGUACUGUUUCACCUCAGAUGUGAUGUAUAAAUGGUAUAAAAGGUUGGUUUACACGCACCCAGAUUUGUUGGCGAGAUGUUGUAAAGUAAACUUGUCGAAGGCAAAAAAAUUCGGCAGAUUCGGCCUUAUUUUUUUCCCAGGCAUAAUUAAUCUACGGUGAUCAAGAGCCAUUAUGGCUCUUAAAUGUGAUCGAAGAUGAUUGCCAGUUUUUUGGUGUACAUAUGAGGCUAUAAACUCCAUGUAAGUUUUACUAUAUGUAUAUACCGCCAUAUGUAUGUCAAUACUUGUUGUGGCAAUUAAAAAAAAAAAAAUUGUUCACUCAUGGGCUGUUUGUUUUCGUUCUAAUCAUUUCAAUACAGACGGUGUUCAUUUAAAUAUAUUUAUAAAAAAGGUAUGGCUCUCCUCUUUUGGAACAUUUUGGAACAUAAUAGCUCCAAAAAGAAUUUUUCAGUGAUCGAUGUGAUUGGCAAUAUCGAAUAAUAGUCAAUACCUUCCAUACUGAAUCUAGUAACAAACAAAGCAAUAGCCCCGCUCAAGGUUACUCUGCUCCUAACGGCAGCGGUUUUAUAAGUGAUUUUUCAUAAAAUUAUUAGUCUUCCAAAGUACAAAGACCAAGUUACAAUAACUUUACGUAAUUGAAAAAUUAGCGUCUUAGUAUUAAAUGAAAUCUGCUCUGAUGCUGCUCUUGAUUCGCAUUUCGUUCUUGGUGGUUAUGAUGUGACUGGAAAAGACGGAAACCAUCACCACGGUGGCUGUGUCACAAUUUAUGUAAAAAUAAUAUACGUAAAAUAAAUGAUGUCUGUAAGUCUUUAACAUAAUUGGUCUGUACUUCAAAAUAAAACACAAAAUUAUUAUCAUCAUGAUCAGCAUCAGCAACAUCUUUGUCAUCGUCACUAUUGUCAUCAUAAUCAUAACUAUAACAAAAUUCUCAAAUCUGAUUGGUUACAAGAGAUGCCCUGAUGUCAGCCUUAAGUAAUUGGACAGUACGCGCCAUCAUGCGUGCGCUUAAAUGGCCUUUUUUAGUCUCUGCUAGCAAAAAAAAAAUCUUGGAAUUUCUUGUGUUUUGAUUUUAAAAAGAGCCUUAUAUAUCACAAAUUCGUCUAAGUUAUGAUUAAUUGGUAACUGGACUGAGUGAAGUCCAAUUCGGUCGGUAAUCAUACGAGUGAUUAAACAAAUCGGACUCGCGCUACGUGCAUGGUCGUCCGAUUUUGUUAAUCACUCGUAUGAUUACAGACCGAAUUGGACUCCACUCAGUCCUGUUACCAUUACUUAACAUCAUCAUAAUCAGCACCACCAUCACUAGAGCAUGAUGAUGGUGGUGCGAAUAAUCGCCCCCCCGCCACUUCCCACCACUGUAGGUGACCCGCUAUCGAUACCCAUGACGGAAAAUCUGGAGGAUAACGCUGAAGAGGAGUCUGAUCCAGCUAAACUGAUCAGUGAUGAUUCCGAGAAUAUUGACAAUGAAAAUUAAUCAAGAAACCAAAUUUGGAACACUUAAAAAGCCCAUGUUCGGUUUAUUUGAUGCGAUUAUUUUGUGAUUUGAUGGGAAAAUGGAAGAAAAUUUAGAGCACGACUUCCAGCAGUGAAUGAUAUAUAUAUGAAAUAAUCGCCUCUCUCGAAGGGCCUCGAAUAAUCGCCCCCUUUUCGUGCGAAAAAAGAAAUAAUCGCACCCGGCUAUUAUUCGAGGAAAUACGGUAAAAAACCAUGUAUUUAGCCUUGAAAGCAAGCUGUAGUUAUCACUCAUUCGACCUCAUAAACAGUAGCUAUAGCUUAUUAUUCUGAUCCAUAUCCAUGCAUAUAGGGCGUUCAGAUAUCAAAAACUCCUACUUUUCAACGUAGGUGACGAUCGCGUGACGCAAAGUUUUGAAUUUCAAACUUGUAAUCCACAAAAAAGCAAGAACUAUAUUGAGCUGAAAAGUUGAAGCAAAAAAGAUGACUGUUCAGUUACGUUUGAUAUUUGAUCAAACGAUUAUUAAUUCGUUAUUUUCAAGUUGAAUUUUAGUCACGUCACUGGUCAAACGAAAGCGCAAUAAUUUCCUUAAAAUCCCGGGGGGUACUCAACAAAGUCUUAUGUUGGAGGACUCCGUCCUAAGGUCCAUCCUCUUUAGAUCCUCUUUAACCGUUUAAGUAUUAUUUUUGACAGAUAUAAGGACCUCUUUCAUAUAUCUUCUAUUGACAAAUGAGUGCCUAUACUGUGCCUUGUUUAGAAUGCUUUAUCCCUGGCUUCAUCCCUUUUAACUCCUGUAAAUACACCGUCGUUUGUGUAUGAAUAAAUCACUUUAAUCAGGAAUUAAGAUGUUGUCAUGUCUUUUCUACCAGCCGUUAGCCCUUAAGGCCUUUCUAUAGAGCGGAAUAACAGAUUUCCACACCCUUUCAUAUACUUCAACUAUACAAAUCCCCACCUUUGCACAAAAACAAGAGGCAUGAAAAAGGUAUCCAUCUCGGACGGAGCCUCCCCUUUCCCCGUACAGGCCAUUAUAGCUAGUACCUCCCCCCCGCCCAGUCUCCCGCUGAGAAGUAGUUGGAUUGCACAGUUGUGAAAGCCAAGCACUUUCGGGAUCGUGUACACGGGUAGUUUAGUGAACAGCAGAUCAGCAAAUGGUUUAAGCGACUGAAGAAGUAGAUUUAAAGAUUAUUUCCCCGUCCAGUCAAGAAAGGAGCACUUGUGCGAUUUAUCGCGUAGUAAAUUAGUGGUACAGCUCGACAGCAGUACCGAGCGCCAUCAACUUCCGCGAACGCCGAAUGUACUUCAUCUGCAUGUUUUCCCAGGUUUGUUUUCAUUUGUCCCCUUAACGAUAUACAGUAUUUAAAGUGAAUAAUAACAUUCAACUACUUGCCCUAGUCGCGCGCCUAAACUUCUACGAGCGAGCAAACGAAACAUGCAAACUCACAAGUUUUUGGUUGUCGGUUUGUUUGCUCGAAUCAUUGCAUUCAACUGACCUAUUUUUUUAUAUAUAUAUAUUAUAUAUAUCUAUAUACGCUUGGGGUCUUGUAUGAUUACCAGCCAAGUAAAACGUAAAUUCAAUUAAUAUACAAUUACUGAACGAAGAGGUGAUACAUACAAGAUUAAAACUAAGUGAAUUUUAAAAUAGUUUUUUUAUAAUUGCCCCGGUCUCUUGCUGAGUCAUUGGGCAAUGAAGAGCUAUGAGAUCUUAUAGCAGCCAUUUUUUAAAUAAACAUGGACUGUAUACACUUUACCAAGGCCCGUAGAUAACACAAGCUAUCGUGACAGUACCACGAAAUAAAGUCUGAAAUGAAGGGACACUGUUCAGGUGACUCUUGCCAAAGGCCGGUUUAAUACCGAAAUGCCGGAGUGGUAAAAAAAUCUCAAAUGAUCAAUAUCCAAUAAGUUGAUUGUAAUCACAGCUCCAGCGGCUGUACUUCCCUUGUCCCAUCUCUGUCAGUUAUAACUUCUUGAUGGAUUCCUUGAUGGAUUGAGAAUUUAUAUUUUUACCCAGUUGCAAGCUUUUUCGAGGGACUUAUAUAUGAGCAAUUAUAUACAGUGUGUAGCUACAAAGUAGAUAACAACAAUCUAAUUCGAUCAAAUUCUGCUAAUUACACAUAUCAGUCCGAGUGACCUUUCCACCCAGCCGUAUUGAACUUGCUAAAUGACAAACUCGUCAAUGGUGUGUCACGAAACUAACUAUCAAAAUUUAAACAAAGAGAACUGCCACCAAACUGACAAACAAACGCUCAAAACCUUUAAAGAACGUAUGAUACAAAACCGUAGUUAUGGAUAAUAUAUUCCCCUAAAAAGAAAAAAGGCAACCGAGCAAAGUGAAAAAUAUAAGAAGCUGUAAGGCCCGGUUCAGACGCCGUACUUUUUCAUGAGCCGAACCUAAUACAUUGAAUUAAGUGCAUGAAAAGUUCGGCGUCUGAAUCAAUUAGGAACGCCUGUUUCAAUUUGGAACGGCUCAGCCGUUCUUUUCGCCUAGCCCGGCCGGGAAUUUCGCCUUUGAUUCAGACGCCGAACUUUUCAUGUACCGAACCAAAUGCAGAAAUUCUUACAACGUAUUUUGUAAGCAGUUUGACCGAAAUGCGCAUUUUUCGCCUUCUGAAUUUAGUUCGGCUGGAAUUAAGAUCGGCGUCUGAAUCACUUUAGCCGGUCUAAAUAAUUUGGGUCGGCCUUAAUUCGAAUUAGGUUCGGCUCAUGAAAAGUUCGGCGUCUGAACCGGGCCUAAGAAACAUUAUUGAAUAACUAGCCCACAAGAGGUCUCUUAUUUACAAGUUCGGUAUGAUUUCCGUAUAACCCCAUAUAUUUAUUAUAUUCAUUUAGCAAUUUCAUACUUUUUCUCACAAAUAGUUUAAUAUGAAAAGAGUCGAAACAUGUAUGCAUACUACAUGUAUGGGAUUAUAAGGAAAUCGUACCCCAAGUUCAAGUUAUUGAUUUACCUGUAUUAGUUCAGUCAGUACAAGAAGCCCAAUGUUCUUUACUUUGUGAAGUAACCAGCUCAAUCUAAAUGGCCACGACCAUUUUUACCUUUCUGGCUCCCAUUAAUAACAUUAUGGAUUGUUUAAUAGUACUGUUCGAAGCAGUAGCCUAAUAAUAUAAACGUUGCAAGGUUCUUCAAAGUAUUGUGUCAGGGGCACCCAACAAGAAUAUAGUUCAAAACCACUUAAACAAUUAGCAUUGUUAAACGUAUUUUAGUAUUUAAACGUUGGAUAUAGGCAUCUUUUUAUCCCCUAAACAUUUUUCAUCUGUGCGGAUUUCCUAGCUGAAAGUCUAGUGAUCCGAAAAUUAUAGGGAUCAAAACUUACCUUUUCGAAAAUUUCAGCCUGAUAAAAGGCUCCCGAAAAUUCUAGGUGAUCUUUUUAGGGUAAAAAUCCGUUAAAAAUGGGCAAUUAUACCAUUUUUAAAUGUUCGAAAAUCCUAGGAGAGGCAGGCAGGCAAGAAAUUAUACAAAAAAUGUUCCGAAAAUUCAGGAUCUCAAAUCGUCUUCCAAACAGAUAUUUUCCGAAAAUUGACAUUGGGUUCCCUGUUGUGUUAGAGCGAAAUAGGCGACCAUAAGUGAAGAACAAUGUAUUUUAAUGUCAUUACGUUUUUAGAUAAUGGACAAUGGAACAGUUUCUGCGCGUGCCGCUUAAGAAAUUGAUUUAUUCACUUAAAUUGUAUGUGUUAGAUUAUUGAAAUUCAAUUAUGUUUGUAGAUGUAUUUAUUCCAGAUAACAAUUUUUAAUUUAAUGUAGUGCAUAUAUUGAUAUGUUAUAUUUUUGAUCAAUUGAUUAAUUAAUUAUUAUUAAUUACUAUGUUUUAGAAAACAAGAAGGCUGAUAACUGUUCGUCGCCUAGCCUUUGUGAUUUUAGUUGGAUCUGGCAUCCAGAGGUUUUAAACUGCCCGUAAUAGUGAUAACGAUAAUGAUAAUAAUAGUUAGCAUUAUAUGAAUAUUGUACUACACAGAACCAUCACUGAUUGCUUGUGCAACACCAGCAGCUCCAUCCACCAAGGAAACCACUAAUUAUGCGCGGCUUUGUCGACUCUUGGUGGAGCUUGGUACCAGGGCCCUUAAGGACACUUUUGAUUCCAUACACAAACCAGCAACCCUGCAUGCUGUUUUGGCGGGAAACAAAACUGUGCUACAGUCACUUAGGGGCAAAAAGAUUAUUAAUCCAACACAAUGGGGAAAGCUAUUUCCUGCUAACCCGUUGUCAGUGUCGUCGUCAUCAUUCGACAUUACUCUUCUGAUGGUCUUGUUAAGAAACAUCUGCGGUCUGGUUGCACCUGCGACUGGUUGGGAUGCUUUGCCUACCGCAACAGACUUGAGCCGUGAAGCCGAUAUUGCUCGAAUAAAAUUCUUUAGAAACACGGUGUACGCACAUGCUCAACACGCUUCGGUUGAUGAUACAACAUUUAAUAGCCAAUGGCGGGAUAUACGGGAAUCUAUGGUGCGUCUGGGAGGACUUCAGUACAGAACUGCUAUCAACCGUCUUGAGUUGGAAUGUAUGGAUCCUGAUACUAAACAACACUACAUUGAGCUGUUGGAACAGUGGAAGAAAGACGAAGACAACGUGAAAGAUCAGUUAGAGGAAGUCAUGAAAAAGCUCCAUGAAAUAACUACUGAAGGUAAGUUAACUUGCUAUCAAAACAUCUCACUCUGUGCGAAAUUCUGAAAGCUGGUUUUUUGAUUGGAGACAAGAAAGAAUAAUGGAACAGAGACGGAAACGCCCAGUUUAGCCCUUGGGAUAUGUGAAUUUCACCAAAGUUAUCUUUAGACCAAAUAAACGCUUGAAAUUAAUCGGAAAUUGGUUUCCGGAGAGGUCCGCAAGCCCUUAUUCAGUGUUAUAAAAGGAAAAUAAUGGGAAAUUAUGCUCUCUUGGUGUGUUGUUGGGGAUAAACACAGAAUUUUUCAACUCGAACGAUGAAAAACGUUCCGUGCUCUCUCUGCAAUAAAACAACGCUCGCCGAACAACCCGCUUGUCAUAUGGAGAAAAAAGGGGGGUCAUGUGACUAGCGCUUAGGUCCCUAUCUAAAAGACGUAACAGUUUUCGGAUAAUUUUCAUAUCCGAUGUUUAAAUUAGAUUUGUCCCAAACAUGUGUCGCCAUUACAAUAUUCUGCAUUCAAUCGCUUUGAGGGAGUCACGCGUGGACUAGAUGAAGUUACAAACAAUCGAUCAGAAUGUGCGGACGUUCCCGCAAUUUUACUUCCUUUUAAUUACAACCUCUAAACAUAACUUAAGUGAAAUUCAUAUGUCGCGGCCAACGCGCUAAGAUUCUCUCUCUGUCGCAUUGUUCUCUUUUGUUGGAGUGUGUUAAUGGUAUAAAACCCACGGUUUUUAUGAGGUUGACUCCUUUCCCGCCUCGGUCUCCCUGACCGUUUUUUGAACUUUGCGGAGUAUUUUAUAACCCUUGUUUGAUGUAAACAUUUUACAUGUAGCACACCUACUAACUUUUGUGCUGGGUGAAGUUGAUGUGAACGAAUGACGUCCCCAAAAUUUUGAUUCAUGAGGUACGUAGGCAAAAAUGAUAGAAAAAUAAAUAUUUUGAUAAACAUUAAAAACGGUACAUGCCUGAAUCUCCUUGAAGGACAAUUUGUACCGUAAUUGUGCUGACGAUUGACUGAAGUUUUCUUUAUAAGGACCUCAUAAUGACCUGCACCUCUUAACAGACUUAACAGUGUCUUCUAAAAACUGAAGGAAGGUGACUACUGUCUCUAUGGCGAACGUUCUUAGCACUUUCCCGUCGGGGUAAGGGCGAUAUUUGACUGACAUAUAAGCGCAUUGUUAUUUUAGUGAAAAGCUUGAAGUCUCCAGAUAAUAUCCUGCGUGGAUCCAACACGUGUCAAGAGAGAAAUCACGAGAAUGAUCCAGUAGAGUACUUUUGUGAAGCAUGCAAAGUUUGUCAGAAAUGUGGUCAGAUCAGUUCUAACCACCACAACAAAAAGGAUUUACAGCAGAUGGCUUUUCUGAGAAAAAACGAAAUGACUAAAGUUAAAGAUAAACUGAAAGCGAAAGCGGUCGAUGUUGAGGCAAAGGUGAGGGAACAAACUGAUCUGAUGCAGAAAAGCCAGGAAGAAGUCAGUUCUGCUGAAAAGGCGAUGGUUGAGGUUGUGGAAGAGAAGAUACGCAUUCUGAACGCACAUAAAAUAGAAAUGAAAACGAAAUUUUCUGAGAUUCGUGAAGCACAACAACGAGAACACAAGACUAGAAUAAAAAAAUUUAAAAUGGUCGCAGCUCAGACAAGCAAAUCUAUUGAAAAAUGCGAGGAUUUCUUAACAAGAAUGGAUGGUCCUGGAAUUCCGGAAACAGAGUGUGCUGCUGACUUAACUAGCUAUGAGAAAGGUUUGAAUGAAGAAGAAAUGGAAAUCUAUUUACCUAGGCGUGUUACUUAUCGUGCAUACAAAGACUCAGUUACUCUGGGCGAGAUUGUUGAAUUGGAACCUCACUUUACCGCGGCCCCUGUCCAAAGAACAGAAGCUUUUCAGUGGCACGAGGAAGAAGUUCACAUUACAGUAUCUGGUCGGUCAAAAAGCAGGGUGGGGAACAAAAAUGAAGCAAAUUAUUCUAAACAUGGAGACCAGACAGCACAGCACACGCCAAAGACUGCUUGCGCAGCACAUGACGUAGUGGUUAACAGUUGCGAGAAGCCGCUGCCUGCUUGGCCUCGGCGUCCACAAAUGAGCCCACAUCAAAAGAAUGGUUUUCGAUCUUUUGAAUCACCUGGGAAAGGACAUGAAGUGUUCCACAAUCCGUGUAGGAAUUCAAAGGAUUCUAAAGAUGGAGACAAGGCAGCACAACACACGCCAAACACUGCGAGUGCAGCAGAUGACGUAGUUGUUAACCAUUGCGAGAAGCCGCUGAGUGCUUGGUCUCGUGGUUUGCAAAUUAGUCCACAUCAGAACAAAGGUCUCCGAUCAUUCAAAUCAUGUGGGAAAGGUAAAGGAGUGUUCCACAAUCCGUGUAGCAUUGCUGUAAGUGAAAAGACUGGGUAUAUUGUGGUAGCGGAGGGUCUUAGUAGUCGAGUUCAACUGUUUGAUUCUGAAUGGAAAUUUCUGAGGACGAUAGGAGACAAGGGGACUGGUGCGAAGAUAAAAGGUAAUCCGAUAUCAGUGGCAUUCACAGCGUCUGGUAACAUUGUGGUUGUUCAAAGUGAAUCAUCGCAACGAAGUAGACUGUCCCUAUUUACUGAGCUUGGCCAUUUUAUUACUGAUAUUAGCAGGCAUCUGAUUGAGCCACAGAGUGUUUCUGUUAGAAGUGACGGUAAACUGUUAGUGUGUGACUGGAGUGACGAUGCAAUCAAAGUUCUUUCUCCCGAUGGUACAAAGCUGAUGCAGACCAUCAAAGCUCCCAAUUGUGAUGAGUCCCCUUGGUUUGCUGUACAUUACCAAAGCAUGUAUUUUGUUUCCUACGACUCAGCACAUUGUGUCAAAGUUUUCAGUGACGAGGGACAAUUACUUUAUGAGAUUGGCAGCAAAGGAUCUCGUGAAGGGCAGUUAAAGGGACCUAAAGGCCUGGCAAUAGACAAAAGCAAAAAUCUAGUUGUAUGUGAUAACGAAAAGAGUAGACUUCAAAUUUUUUCCUUGGAUGGAAAAUUCUUGAACUCAGUCGCUGAAGAAAUGAAAGAUCCUUGGUCUGUCGCUGUUGCUAAGAAUGGUGAUCUGCUUGUUUGUGAUUUUGCCGAAGACUGUAUCCACAUUAUGAAUUAG